AUUGCAGAAGCGAAGCGACUGAUAGGCCGCCGGUUCAGCGAUAAAUCUGUACAAGAGGACAUCAAGCUUUGGCCUUUCAAAGUCAUUGCUGGACCUGACGACCGGCCGACGAUCGUGGUGCAGCAUGAGGGCAAGGAGAUGCAGUUUGUGCCCGAGGAGGUCUCCGCCAUGGUGCUCUCCAAGCUGAGGGACGCCGCCGUGGCCUACCUCAGCGAGCCCGUCACGGACGCCGUCAUCACCGUCCCCGUCUACUUCAACAACGCCCAGCGCGAGGCUACCCUCGACGCCGCCGCCAUCGCCGGCCUCAACGUCAUGCGCAUCAUCAACGAGCCCUCCGCCGCCGCCAUCGCCUACGGCCUCGACAAGAUGCCGCCGCCGGCCAGCGGCGCCGAUGCAGCUGGGAGGACGGUGCUCAUCUUUGAUCUUGGUGGCGGAACCCUGGACGUCUCCCUCCUUAACAUUGCUCGUCCGGGGAACAACAGCAGCAGCAACAGCGACAAUGGCAGCUUCGAGUUCGAGGUGAAGGCCGUCGCCGGCGACACUCACCUCGGCGGCGCCGACUUCGACAACGCGAUGGUGAAGCACUGCAUCAACGAGUUCAUCCGGAAGAACGACGUGGCGGAAGAUGGCGUUUGGAGCAACCAGAAGGCGAUCCGGAGGCUGAGGUCGGCGUGCGAGAGAGCCAAGAGGUUGCUGUCCUUCACGGCGCAGACCAGCAUCGAGGUCGACUCGCUCCACGACGGCGUCGACUUCUGCGCCAAGAUGAGCCGGUCCCGGUUCGAGGAGCUGAACAAGGAGCUCUUCGGCAAGUGCGUCAAGGCCGUGGAGAAGUGCCUCGAGGACGCCAAGAUGGACAAGAGCGCCGUGCACGACGUCGUGCUCGUGGGCGGCUCCAGCCGCAUCCCCAAGGUUCAGAGCAUGCUCCACGACUUCUUCCAGGAGAAGAAGCUCCGCCACAGCGUCAACCCCGACGAGGCCGUCGCGUACGGCGCCGCCAUCCAGGCCUCCAUCCUCAACGGCGACUCCGACAACGCCGACGCCGACGCCGACGACAAGAAGCGGGUGAUGAUCCUGCGCGACAUCACGCCCCUCUCGCUAGGGGUCGAGAUCAAUUUCGAUCACACGAUGAGCGUCGUGAUCCCGAGGAACACCUUCAUCCCGACCAAGAACACGCGGCGCUACACCACCCUCUACGACAACCAGAUCCGCGUGAGCUUCCCGGUGUUCGAGGGCGAGAGCGCGAGCACCCUCGACAACAACCUGCUCGGCAAGUUCGUGCUGUCCGGCGUCCUCCCUGCGCCCAGGGGUGUUCCCCAGAUCGACGUCACGUUCGACUUCGACACCAAUGGCGUCCUGCACGUGUUCGCGGAGGACAUGGGCACGGGGAGCAAGAACAACAACACCAUCACCAACCACAGUGGGCGGCUGAAGAAGGAGGACGUCGAGCGCAUGUCGCGGGAGGCCAGGAGCUACAAUCGGAAGCGCAAGCGCACCAGAUCAUCGCUCCAGAUGAAUUCUGGGAACCUGGUGAUCUUGGAGUAAUCUUCUGCACCCUGCUAGCUGGAUGUUUCUGCAUCCGGCAAUCGAACUAAUUAAUUAAUUUAAGUGUUGGGGAACAGUUUGUGUUAGUAAAUUUAGUUACUGAACUUAA